CACACCUCCCCGAGCUUAUUCCUCUGAAGUCACAUACACACAGUAUUUUUACACACGCCCCCGGACCAAAGCAGUAGUGUUCUAACGAAUUAAUCAGAUUUUCUCUAAAACAGCCUUCUUUGAGGAGCUGUAUAAGCUGAAGGGAGGGCUCCUGGGUUGGAAGGUCAUAGUAUAAAAGCCAAGAGGAGGCAGUGAUUGGCACUUACACAAACUACACACUGUCAACAGUGACUGAUUACAGCAGGCAUCAGAGCAGAUCCACUGACAGAACCGAGAGCUCGACUGGAUCUAUAACUUUGCCAUCAACAUGUCAAAGGUAUUUAAGAAGACCAGCGGCAAUGGACAUAUUGCUCUGUACUUGGGGAAGAGAGACUUUGUGGACCAUGUGGAUUCAGUGGAUGUAGUUGAUGGGAUAGUUAAAGUGGACCCUUCUGGUCUUGACGGAAGAAAAGUAUAUGUCUACCUCGCUUGUGCCUUCCGCUAUGGAAGCGAAGAGUUGGAUGUCAUUGGGCUGUCCUUCAGGAGAGACAUCUGGAUACAGCGCGUUCAGGUGUAUCCACCUACAGGUGAGAGCGCAACCAAAACCCCAAUGCAGGAAUCGCUCAUGAAGAAAGUUGGGGAGCAAGGAUGUCCCUUCUCCUUCCAGAUGCCAACAAAUCUCCCGUGCUCAGUUGCCUUGCAGCCUGCGCCAAACGAUUCUGGCAAGGCCUGUGGCGUGGACUUUGAGGUUAAAGCAUACCUUGCCAACGCACCUAACAGUCCAGAUGAAGUAGUUGAAAAGAAGGACACUUGCCGCCUGAUGAUUCGUAAAAUACAGUUUGCACCGGCUAACAACAAGCCCGGACCCAAGGCUGAAAUUUCCAAACAGUUCAUGAUGUCUGACAAACCAGUUCACUUGGAGGCCUCCAUUGAAAAAGAGCUGUAUUACCAUGGAGAUCCAAUCACCAUCAAAGUAAAAAUCAACAACGAAACCACUAAGGUUGUGAAGAAAAUCAAAGUCUCAGUUGAGCAGCUAACGAAUGUGGUCCUCUACUCAUCUGACACUUACACCAAGGCAAUUUCUACUGAGGAGUUUGGAGAGACAGUUAACUCCAACUCUACACUGGAGAAGUCCUUCCAGAUCACCCCCCUGCUGGCCAGCAACACGGAGAAGCGCGGUAUCGCAGUGGACGGGCGGCUAAAAGACGAGGACACCAACCUCGCCUCCACCACCCUGAGUCAAGGAGAUAAGGAGAUGCAGGGAAUCAUUGUCUCCUACAAAGUCAGGGUGAAUCUGAUGGUGUCCGGCGGAGGCCUGCUGGGUGGCCUAACAGCAAGCGAUGUCACUGUGGAGCUUCCUCUGUGUCUGAUGUCCCCAAAACCAGCAGAAGUCAAAUUGGAUUAACGGCCUCUUUAGUUCAGGACAGACAUCACAAUCGAGUCCGUAAAGGUAUGAGAUGACCAACAAGGAAAAUCACUUCUCUGUCAGAACACAAGGAACUCAACACCAAAGAAGAGAAUUACUUAUUUCCCUGGCACAUGAACAUGUCAAUUAGGAGCACUCUAUCAACUGAAAAGGAGUCUAAACUCUGUGUGACAUUGCGCUGAAUGCGAUUGUAGCAUAGAAUUAAACAUGUGUUGUACUUUUUUUUUCUUUUUUGAGAGGAAAUGUCCCAUAGCAUAGAUAUUAGACUUUUCCCUCAAUGUGUCAUGGAUACUGACGGUGCAGAGAUCGAUUUAUUGUUGAUGUUUAUUGCUGUAUUAUUAGAGCCAUGAAUUAUUUUUACUGAAUUUGCAGCCCUGGGACAAAUACCCCACAAA